AUGAGUAAUAUUGAUUUUUCGUCAACAAAUACGUCAACUCGACGUAUUUAUCAACGUCGAAAUCGAAAAAGGAAUCGAACAAGUACCGUAACUACACUAGAUUAUCUACCUCUAACAACAACAAUUGUAACAACAAACAGUACAUUAUUACUAAACUCAUCAUCAAUUCCUAUCAAUGAUUUAUUUGCUCCAUUAUCUUAUCUUCUACAACAUAAAUACAUUUUUCUAAUUGGUUUAUCUCUUUUAAUAGUCUUAUGUCUAAUAUCAAUAUUAUUUCUUAUUUUUAUUUUAAAAUGUACAAGAAGAAAAGGUUGGAAAACUCGACGACAAAUACGUUUAGAUAGAAAACGUUUAGAAAAAAGCCCUGAUUUUCUUGAUGAUCAACAUAAAAAUAAAGAUGAAAAUACUAUUUUACUUGAACCAAAUGGUGAAAUAAAUUCUUUCACAAAUAAUAAUCCUACAAUUACAAAUGGAAUAUUUCCAAGUGAUAAUAUUAGUAGUACAAUCUCAAUUGGUUCAAUUCUUGAAAAGAAAAUUAUUGAAAAUAAUCCACCUAAUUCAAUACCAUUACUCCCAAUAACUGAUAAUACAUCAAUUGAUACAUUGCGUGGUUCAUUGAUUUCAUCACCGUCACAACAAAUAUCAGUUAAUCAACAACCAUCAACUCCAUCAUAUAUAACAACAACAGAUUCAGCUACAAAUCCAGAUGAACGAGAUCAUGAAGCAGAAAAAGAUGAUUAUUUACAUGAUUUCGAAUUUAAACCUAUUACAUCACGUUAUACAAAAGCAAUAAAUAACAGUGGUAGUAAUAUGUUAGCACAUCGCUCAUCGGGUUCCUCAAUAGAACAAAGUAUUCGACGACAAGAAAGACGUGCUGAAGAAGAAGAACGUGGCCUUUUACAUGGUUCUAAUUCAAAUUUAUAUGAAAAAGAAAUAAGACGACUAGCUGAACAAGAAAAAAAUGCUAGAAAAGAACAUACAAAUUCUCAAGUAUCACUUACUUCAAGAACUAGUGAAGAUAGUUGCUAUUAA